GUGGAAGAGAGAUUGACUCUUGCGACAACAACCACGACGCCGUCAAUCAGUAGCCAUGGCACCAAAGGACAGCAAGACAGGCAAGAAGCCCAGCGCUAAGGCUGGUGCUGCUGCAAAGACGGUGCUUAAGGGGGUUCACUCUCACAAGGUCAAGAAGGUCCGCACAUCGACCACGUUCCACCGACCAAAGACCCUUCAGCUGUCGAGAUCUCCCAAGUAUCCCCGCAAGUCCAUCCCUCACGAGACUCGUCUCGACCAUCACAAAGUCAUCGUCCACCCACUGAACACUGAGAGUGCUAUGAAGAAGAUCGAGGAGAACAACACUCUGGUCUUCAUUGUGGACGUCAAGGCGAACAAGAGACAGAUCAAGCAGGCUAUCAAGAAGCUGUAUGAUGUGGAUACCGUCAAAAUCAACACCCUGAUCAGACCUGACGGAUCAAAGAAGGCGUUUGCCCGGUUAACACCGGAUGUUGAUGCUCUGGACAUUGCGGCGACAAAACUGGCUAUUGUUUAAUGGAUGGGACGAACUUUUUCAUUCUGGUGUUCUUAAAGACGUCGAUCGGUUAUGUUUGCAAUCAUAUAUAGGCAAUGGAACAGAGAUUGACGCAUGAUGGCCCGGUCUUACUUACUUCAGACAUCAUUUUUAAUAUCUGUUGAUUCACAAUGCCACCCAGCGUGGUAAUGGAAUGGAUUGGAUGGGUAAAACACAUGCUGAUGGUUUUCUACCUGCAAUUGCAUUGCAUCGUGAUUUCCCCCACA